AUGACCUCAACGAGUAAAAGAAACCCUAACCUCAAAGAUGCAGCACCUAAUAAAACAUCCCACAAUUGUAAAGCCUGCUCGAAGCCCGAUGAUGCACAAACGAUGGUGGCUUGCGACGAUUGCAGUUUGUGGUGGCAUUUUAAUUGUGCGGGAGUUGAUGAAUCAGUCGCUAAUCGUUCGUGGAAAUGCGCUGGAUGUGUAGCGGCGGCUAGCACUGAGACCGGAACUAAAAGCCAUAAGUCGGCCAAAUCGGUAGUAUCUGUGAAAUCGAAUGCCUCAGCAGCUCGGUUGCGACUUAAGCAGUUGGAAGAGCAAAAGUUUUUAGAGGAUCGCUUGCGUGCAGAACAGGCCCAGAAAGAUCGAGAGUUUCUUGCCAAAAAACACGAACUCGAACUGGAAAUAAUGCAGGAAGAAGUUACUGGAAACAGUGAGAAGAGCUAUGGGGUUUCCGAGCGUGAUGACCCUGUCAGGAACUGGGUUAAAGCUCAAAAUGCCCAGAAAGGAUUUAAAGAGGCGGUAGGACUGCAAACAUCUACCCCAAAAGGUUUUCAACUGGAAGAGUGUAGCCAAAUUGAGCUGAGGCCUCACCCACUAAGAUGUGUGGGCACAAUGGAGCCAGAACCAUUGGUGCACUCUGCGGAACAAGAAAACAGAAAGGGGGAUUCUUUGUCACCACUUUAUGAUCCAUUUACUGAUAGUCGACUUCUACAGCAGUCGGAAAGGAACUCAAACCCCCUCAAUCAUCAACAGACUCAGCAACAAGAACUAUGCAUCGUACCACAUCAGCAUACACUUGAUACAACAUCUAUAACUCGAAGACAGUUGGCUGCAAGGCAGGUUGUAUCAACUGAUUUACCUAAGUUUUCUGGGGACCCCAUGGAGUGGCCAAUGUUUCUUCAGGCAUUCACAUCAACCACUGCCAUGUGUGGAAUUCAACCUGCAGAAAACUUGGCGCGCCUACAAAGAUGUCUUGUGGGAAUAGCUCGCGAAAAGGUGCUCAAUAUCCUCACCAUUCCAUCCGCAGUGCCCGAAAUCAUGACCACACUUCAGGACGAAUGUGGUCGCCCGGACCAGAUGGUCCAAUGUUUGCUUAAUAGAAUACGUAGCGCAAAGCCCCCAAACGCCAAUAAGUUAACUACGUUAAUAACAUUCGGUCGUGAGGUACGUAAUCUCGUGACAUACAUAGAGGCAGCCACCUUAGAAACUCACCUUUCCAAUCCAACGUUAUUGACGGAGCUUGUCGCUAAAUUACCCCCGUGUUUACAACUCCAAUGGGGAUUGUACCUACAGCAAAUACCUGGCCCCACCUUGAAAGCAUUCGGCGAGUUUAUUUCAUCCAUCAGGACAGCGGCGUGCAAUGUGUCACUAGCCAUUGAAUCGGGAGAAAAUAUAAACAAAAAAGACAAACCGGUAGGAUUCUUGAACACCCAUCGCGAGAACGAAAUAGAUGAAACCGUAGAGGUGCAAAGAUUCAAAACCGAUGCCAAACCUUGUUUGGCCUGUGGUCAGGUAGAUCAUAAAAUUAAAGAUUGUAAUGUAUUUCGAGGAUUUUCUUUGGAGGAACGUUGGAAAUUAGUAGAAGAAAAACACAUGUGCGAACGUUGCUUGUUUCCACACAGCAGAUGGCCAUGUCGCACCAAACAACCAUGUGGCAUCGCUGGCUGUGCUCAACUCCAUCAUAAGCUUUUACAUGCGUACAACGAACCGACUUAUUCUUCAAGGCUGGAAACACCACGAACAGUCACAACUCAUCGACAUGACCACAGUACUACUCUUUUCAAAAUCAUACCCGUAAAGCUUUAUGGAAAGAACAGGACCUUGGAUGUGUAUGCCUUCCUUGAUGACGGCUCAGACAUCACUUUGAUUGAUGAAUCCGUGGCAGAUGAAUUAGAAUUGGAUGGAAUUCGCAAGCCACUUUGUCUACAAUGGACCAAUAAUGUGACUCGAGAUGAAACCAACUCGCGAACCGUUAGUAUGAAAAUUUCCGGUAGCAAAGGUGGAAGGAAACACCAGUUGGAAGAAGUAAGAACAGUUUGCAACCUGAAUCUUCCAAAACAGACGCUUAAUUACGAAGAACUAGCAAAGCAUUUUGACCAUCUUCGCGGACUUCCUGUUUGCAGUUAUUUCGACGUUACACCGAAAAUUUUAAUUGGAAUAGACAACGCUAGGCUAAAGUUGGGCUUGAAUAGAAGGGAAAAUGAUGAUAUUGAACCGGUUGCAAUCAAAACCUACUUGGGAUGGACAAUUUUCGGUGGUCGUCGCUCGCCAAGUGACACCUCACGCUCGCUGGUUCACGUUUGCCGUUGUACACACGAUGAAGUUUUGAAUAAUCAGUUGACGAGCUUCUGUAAAGCCGAAGAUUUGGGCAUAGCAGAACAAACACCACCAGAAUCAGAAGAUGAUAAACGCGCACGGAAGAUUCUUCGUGAAACCACCAAACGAACAAAAUCCGGUAAAUUCGAAAUGUCAUUACUGUGGAGAACGGAUUACAUCAAACUUCCAAAAAGCUAUUCGAUGGCAGAAAAACGCCUGGAAUGUCUUUGGAAACGACUUGAUAAAAAUCCUGCCCUGAAAACAAAAACCUGUCUGAAAAUCCAGGAAUAUAUCGACCUUGGAUAUGCUCACAAAGCAACAGCAGAGGAGCUAGCAGGAGCAAACUCAGACCGCACGUGGUAUCUACCAAUAGGUGUUGUUCAAAAUCCUCGUAAACCGGAUAAACUGCGACUAGUAUGGGACGCUGCAGCUCAAGUGUCUGGCAUUUCACUCAACUCAAUGUUGCUCAAGGGCCCGGAUCUUCUCACACCAUUAUUAUCAGUGUUGUACCAAUUUCGCGAGCGGGAGUAUGCAAUAUCUGGUGACAUUAGGCAUAUGUUCCAUCAACUAAUGAUUCGGCCGGAAGAUAAGCAUGCGCAGAGGUUUUUAUGGCGUGAAGAGAAAAAUUCUCCAAUUGAGGUCUUCAUUAUGGAUGUCGCGACCUUCGGAGCAACCUGCUCUCCUUGCUCCGCCCAGUACGCGAAAAACCUCAAUGCUAUAGAACAUCAAGAAAGAUACCCCGAGGCCGCAGCCGCCAUUGUUGAUUCUACUUAUGUGGAUGAUUUCCUUGCCAGCCGAAACACAGUAAACGAAGCGGUCAAGCUGGCUCAAGAUGUGGCGACCGUCAAUAAAGCUGCAGGAUUCCAAAUACCCACUUGGCAGUCAAACUCAUGUGAAGUACUCGAAAGGCUCGGUUGCAGAACCGAACGUGGCUUUAACGGUAAUACGAAGGAUUUUUCUAUCGAUAAAACUACCACUUAUGAACGCGUUUUGGGAAUAGCCUGGAAAACACAAAAAGAUGUCUUCGUAUUCCACACUAUAGUUCACGAUAAUUUACAACCGCUGCUGCAAGGAGAUGUGAUUCCAACUAAAAGAGAAGUCCUAAGAAUUGUUAUGAGUAUUUUCGACCCAAUCGGCUUCGUCUCAAAUUACACAAUUCAUGGUAAGAUUCUGAUCCAAGCUAUCUGGCGAUCCGGUGUGCAGUGGGAUGAACCCAUCAAUCAGCUAGAAUUUGAAUACUGGAAAAAAUGGAUUCUGCUGAUUCCGGAACUUUCGCGUGUUGAAGUACCUAGAUGUUAUUUCCCGGGAUACGAAAUAGAAAGUCUGAAUUCGAUACAACUGCACGUAUUCGUGGACGCCAGUGAGGAGGCUUUUGCGUGCGUUGCUUACUUUCGGAUUAUAGACAGGGGUCUAGCUCGAUGUUCCCUUGUUGCCGCAAAAGCCAAAGUAACGUCCUUACGACCACAGUCAAUCCCUCGCAAUGAACUAAAUGGUGCAUUGAUUGGAGCUCGGCUGAUGAAGACUAUCGCGGAAAGUCAUCGUUUACCUAUCUCGGAAAGGUUCUUCUGGACUGACUCAUCAGUUGUUUUGUCAUGGUUACACGCAGAUCCAAGGAAUUAUAGGCAAUAUGUUGGUUUCCGGGUAGGAGAAAUUCUUUCUACAACGAGUCUGACAGAGUGGAGAUGGUUACCCUCUAAACUUAAUAUUGCAGAUGAGGCGACCAAGUGGGGAAAUGGGCCGACCCUCGAUCCAGACAGUAUGUGGUUUAAAGGUCCGGAUUUCCUUCUCAUGAGCGAUAACGAAUGGCCGACCCAGAGACCACCUAUAAGCAAACCACUUGUUGAACUUAGAAAGCUGAAUGUUCACAGCCAUCAGACUGGGCUCACACCUCUUGAGUAUGAAAACUAUUCAAGCUACGAUCAGCUGGUCAAACGUAUUGCUUAUUUGUACCACUUCAUCCAUCGUUGUAAGGCAAAAGAUCGUAUUGAGACCGGUCUUCAAACCUUGCUUCUGAGCCAACUAGACUACGAAAAAGCGGAAAAAGCGCUCUGGCGAUUGGCUCAGUAUGAAGACUAUCGAGAAGAAAUUUCUACGUUGAAAAGUAACACUAAUUCACCUCCUGGGAAACAAAAACGACUCCUGAAAACAAGUCCCUUGUACAAAAUUUGCCCAUUUCUCGACGAUGAUGGAAUCCUGCGCGCAGAGACCCGCAUCGAUGGUUUGUAUUAUUCUUAUAAUUUCCGCAAUCCGGUAGUGUUGUCAAAAAACAAUCACGUUACAAGGCUGAUAGUGCUGAGAUGCCACCAACGAUACGGUCAUGCGAAUCUUGAAACAGUAUUAAAUGCACUACAAAGGCGAUUUUAUAUUCCCAAAUACCGGUCGACUGUGAAAACAAUAAUUAAAAGUUGCUUAUGGUGCAAAGUUUACCGUGCGAUUCCUAGCAGUCCCAAAAUGGCUCCACUACCGCAUCCAAGAAUCAAGCCUUAUGUUCGCCCUUUCACCUUUACUGGCGUGGACUAUUUUGGCCCACUGUUAGUUAAAAGGGGCCGGUGUAGCGUCAAACGAUGGAUCUGCCUGUUUACCUGCCUGUCCAUCCGAGCUAUCCACCUUGAAGUGGUCCAUUCGUUGUCGGCUGAUUCAUGUAUUCAAGCCUUUCGCCGUUUUGUCGCCAAGCGAGGAUCUCCACAACACAUAUAUAGCGACAAUGGCACUAAUUUCCGUGGCGCCUCUAGGGAGCUCGCUUCUGAAAUCAAGGCGGCAAACCAAAAAGCUGCUGCAAUUUUCACUAAUGCUGAAACACAGUGGCACUUCAAUCCACCUUCCACUCCUCACAUGGGAGGCGUGUGGGAGAGAAAGGUGCGUUCCGUUAAGGAUGCAUUUAAGAAUAUCAAACCAAAACGAUUAUUAGACGAUGAAGAACUCAUGACACUCAUGUCCGAAGUGGAAAUGAUUGUUAAUUCUCACCCCCUGACAUUUGUGCCCUUGGAAAAUCCUAACGAAGAUAUCAUCACGCCAAAUAGUUUUCUACUUAUGAGUUCAGAUGGUACAGAUCAAACUAGGGUGCCGAUGGAAUCUAUUGAUCUGAGAGCAAACUUGAAAACCAGGGAAGAUAUGCUUAACCAAUUUUGGAAGCGAUGGAUAGACGGGUAUUUACCAACUAUAGCAAGAAGAACAAAAUGGUUCAACGAUGUACGCCCGCUUUGCGUAGGAGAUCUAGUGGUUGUAGUGGAUGAAGCCGUUAGAAACGGAUGGUUGCGAGGACGAGUUAUCAAAACCUAUCAAGGCGUCGACGGCCAGGUCAGGAGAGUGGACGUGCAGACUGACGCAGGUGUUCUACAACGUGGCGCAGUUAAAGUAGCCUUGCUGGAUCUGGAUGAUAAGGGUAAAGCCGAGUAA